AUGGCGGACGGAAUUGACAGACGCGCUGAUGACCGCAUGGAGUUCAACACCUCGAAGGAGGUCACUGUUGCUCCUACCUUCGAGGACAUGCACCUGAAGGAGAGCCUUCUCCGUGGUAUCUAUGCUUAUGGUUAUGAGUCUCCGUCUGCUGUCCAGUCCCGUGCCAUUGUUCAGAUCUGCAAAGGUCGCGAUACCAUUGCCCAGGCGCAAUCCGGUACUGGUAAGACUGCUACCUUCUCGAUCAGUAUCCUCCAGGUCAUCGAUACCGUCGUCCGCGAAUCUCAAGCCCUCGUCCUUUCCCCCACUCGUGAACUUGCCACCCAGAUUCAGUCCGUCAUUAUGGCCCUCGGUGAUUACAUGAACGUUCAAUGCCACGCUUGCAUCGGAGGCACGAAUAUUGGAGAGGAUAUUAGGAAGCUUGACUACGGUCAGCAUGUCGUUUCGGGCACCCCGGGCAGAGUCGCCGAUAUGAUUCGCAGACGCCAUCUGCGCACCCGUCACAUCAAGAUGCUGGUUCUCGAUGAAGCCGAUGAGCUCCUCAACCGUGGAUUCCGUGAACAGAUUUACGAUGUCUACCGCUACCUUCCUCCUGCCACCCAAGUCGUCGUCGUUUCCGCUACCCUCCCCUAUGAUGUGCUCGAUAUGACAACCAAGUUCAUGACCGAUCCCGUGCGUGUCUUGGUCAAGCGUGACGAAUUGACCCUCGAAGGCAUCAAGCAGUACUUCAUUGCGGUGGAGAAGGAAGAGUGGAAGUUCGAUACCCUUUGCGACCUUUACGAUACCUUGACGAUCACCCAGGCGGUCAUCUUCUGCAACACCCGUCGCAAGGUCGACUGGCUCACCGACAAGAUGCGCGAAGCCAACUUUACCGUGUCCAGCAUGCACGGUGAAAUGCCCCAGAAGGAGCGUGACAGCAUUAUGCAGGAUUUCCGCCAGGGCAACUCCCGUGUGCUUAUCUCCACCGAUGUCUGGGCUCGUGGUAUCGACGUGCAGCAGGUGUCCCUGGUCAUCAACUACGAUCUGCCCACCAACCGUGAAAACUACAUCCACCGUAUCGGUCGUAGUGGUCGUUUCGGACGUAAGGGUGUUGCCAUCAACUUCGUCACCAGCGAUGACGUGCGCAUCCUCCGCGACAUUGAACUUUACUACUCCACCCAGAUUGACGAGAUGCCCAUGAAUGUUGCCGAUCUUCUGUCAUAA